AUGAUGGAUUCAUCAAAUGAUUCAGAAGGAGCAUUAAAAAUUAUCAGUAUUAUUUCGUUAUCAUUUGGUUCGUGUUGUCUAUUACUUUGUUGUGCUGGAUAUACAUUAUCUAAGAAAACAAAUAAACAAAAAAAUCAAAUUCAUUUCAUAAAUAAUCAACAUGAUUCUGAUGCAAAUGCUCAUAUUUUUACAAUUGAUAUGAGUGAUACACAGUCUCAUAGCUCUGACGUUACAAAUCCACCAUAUUAUCAUUAUUUUGACAUACCUCCGCCUCCUUAUGAAGCUCAAGAAGAACCAUCAUCUAAACUACAACAUGAGUCGAUUAUUGGAACAUCAUAG